AUGUCGACAGUGAAAUUUUAUGUCGAGGAGGCAUCAAGUUCUGAUUUCGGCCUACUCCGACUGCAGCGAAGCGGGGAAUUAUCAGGCGAAGUUGUGAAGGAGCUAAACUACGACACCACAAUUUCGGAAGCGCAGGUCAAUGAAAUGAUACUACGAUUGCUUCCCAAGCAGCGUCAGGUCUACGAAGCGAUUCUGAACCUAGUAAAUAGUGGAGAGGCUGGAUUAUUCUAUCUUGACGCUCCAGGGGGUACGGGUAAGACGUUUGUGUUGUAUCUCCUGACAGCCCAACUCUGCAAAGACCGCAAUAUAGCUAUGGCUGUAGUUUCCUUAGGCAUUGCUGCAACUUUGCUUAAUGGUGGCCGAACUGCACAUUCCGUUUUCAAAUUGUCGCUUAAUCUUGCAAAUGAAGAUACUCCAACAUGCAACGUCACCAAAAACAGCGGCCGGGGAGUUCUUUUGCGGCAGUUCAAGUUGAUAGUAUGGGACGAGUGCACAAUGUCGCACGAGCACGCAUUAGAGGCUUCAACCACAGCCUGCAGGACAUCCGCGGCAACCAGGCGGUGUUGUUGUUUUGCUCGCAGACGAUUUUAG